UCCUUAACAGCACAGCUGCGUCUGGCUGCAGGGCUCAGGGCACUGUCAAGAGAGACACACCCCCUCUCCAGCAGCAGAAUCGCCACAAUCAACAGCAGCAGCAGGACGAACUUCCAGUCACAAGGCACUUUGAGAACUUCAGGAUGCAGAUGUCACCAGUCUUUGCCUGCCUAGCCCUGGGCCUGGCUCUCUUCUUUGGUGAAGGGUCCGCAUCGUACCAACGCAGGUCUCAGGCGGCCCUACUGGCAACAGACUUUGGAGUGAAGGUGUUUCAGCAGGUGGCACAGGUCUCCAAGGAUCGCAAUGUGGUUUUCUCACCCUAUGGGGUGGCCUCAGUCCUGGCCAUGCUGCAGCUGACAACAAGAGGAGAAACCAGGCAGCAGAUCCAAGAGGCAAUGCAAUUCAAGAUUGAAGAGAAGGGCAUGGCCCCUGCCCUCCGUCAACUGUACAAGGAGCUCGUGGGACCAUGGAACAAGGAUGAGAUCAGCAUCGCCGAUGCCAUCUUUGUCCAGCGGGAUAUGAAGCUGGUUCAAGGCUUCAUGCCUCACUUCUUCAGGCUGUUCCGGACCACAGUCAAGCAAGUGGACUUUUUAGACAUAGAGAGAGCCAGGUUCAUCAUUAAUGACUGGGUGAAGAGACACACGAAAGGCAUGAUCAGUGACAUACUUGGCAAAGGGGCUGUGGACCAGCUGACGCGCCUGGUGCUGGUGAAUGCCCUCUACUUCAACGGCCACUGGAAGACUCCCUUCCCAGAGUCGGGCACCCACCAGCGCCUCUUCCACAAGUCCGAUGGCAGCACAGUCUCCGUGCCCAUGAUGGCUCAGACCAACAAGUUCAACUACACUGAGUUUUCUACCCCUGGUGGCCAUUACUACGACAUCCUGGAAUUGCCCUACCAUGGGGACACACUCAGCAUGUUCAUUGCUGCUCCCUAUGAAAAAGAGGUGCCUCUGUCUGCCCUCACCAACAUUCUGGAUGCCCAGCUCAUCAGCCAGUGGAAAGGGAAUAUGACCUGUCUGCCCCGCGUCCUGGUUCUGCCCAAGUUCUCCCUGGAGAGUGAAGUUGACCUCAGGACGCCCCUGGAGAACUUGGGGAUGACAGACAUGUUUAGUCCAAGCCAGGCAGACUUCUCGAGUAUUUCAGAUCAAGAGUCUCUCUACGUAUCGCAGGCACUACAAAAAGUGAAGAUCAAGGUGAAUGAGAGAGGCACAGUGGCGUCUUCCUCUACAGCCAUUGUCAUCUCAGCCCGAAUGGCCCCUGAGGAGAUCAUCAUGGACAGACCCUUCCUCUUUGUGGUGCGACACAACCCCACAGGAACGGUCCUUUUCAUGGGCCAAGUGAUGGAACCCUGACCAUGGGAAAAGAAGCCCUCAUCUGGGACAGAACUGGAGGCGCAUCAGAGAAGAAGAAACUCUGAAGAACUUUUAUUUUAAUCAAUCUUUCUGAGGAAAGAGAAGACAUUUACUUUUUUUCUUUUUAUGGUAAAUCUGCCUCCUAGACCUCAGCCUCUCCCAGGGGUGGGAAAGAGGACCUUUCAGUAAAACUCCUCGGUGGAGACCCUGGGAGAGACCUCCGAAGCACAGCUCCCUGAAGGUCUCCAAACCAGACUGUAAAACUCUCAGAGCCACUUGUGCAGCUGCUUGUGCCCAUCGCUCUACCCGUUUGGCUCUUCAGACCUGGAUUCCCACUGAGGCCCUGGCAGGAUGGCACCACAAGGCUUACAGGAGCUUUUGUGCACUUGGUAGAAACUAUUUGUGUUCUAGUCACGUUGCCAUUACUCUUGCACUGUCUGCCACUGCUGAGGCUGGCGGCAGGCCAGAGAAGGUCAAUGGAAGAAACACCCUUUCAUUGCAAGGUCCAUCCUUUCCCAGCUCAGAGGUACUGCGGCCUGGCAGAGCAACUGCCCACCCAGGACGGAGACCCACCCUGGCCUGGCCGUCUCCCUCCCCAGAAACAGUGAGCAUAUAUUAUUUUGGAGUGUAGGUGACUUGUUUACUCAUCAUAGAAGCAGGUUUCUGCUUCCCACAAACUUUAUGUUAUAGGAAUAGAGGAAGAAAGGUGAGAUGUAUGCCUGGUUCUUGGCUCCAAUCUCCUGGUGGAGAGGAUGGGAUGCCAAGGGCGUGCCUGAGUAUUUAUCACAUCCUUGUGUGCUUGUUAGAGAAAAAGAGGACUAUCAAGAAAAACGUAUUAUUUAAAGAUGCUUGGAGUGUUUCUUUGUGGUUUGUGUCAUUGCAUCUCAGGAGUCUGGCCACUUAACUGCCAUAACCCUCUGAGUGGCAAGCAUGAGGGGCUCACACUGCCACCUUGUGGCUGCCUGAACCCCACUGCUUCUCUCUUUUCCUACCUUUCCACGUGAUGGAUUGGGACCCCUGCCAAGGUUAUCUGACUUCAGCCUACUUUAGACCAAAAGGAUGUGGUGGGUGAGAGAGACUAGAGCAAAGACAGAAUGGUUUCCAAUUUUUCCAAUAUGUUUAGGAGCAGGAACAAGGGGCUGCACGACCGAGGGGGACAGAACUUUCCCCCAAUUAUAGGUGACUCACAGCUGCAUUGGUGACUCACUUCAAUGUGUCAUUUCCGGCUGCUGUGUGUGAGCAGUGGACACGAGGGGGGGGGCGGGAGAGAAAGAGAGAGGGGGGAGAGAGAAAGAGAAUAAGACAGACAGCAAACUUGGGCUCAAUUACCCUGGUUAGAUAGUCUUUCUGAAAACCAACUAGCGAAGGGUUAUGGCAUGAAGGCCGAUUUAUUGAAGAAUUGCUCAUAGAUGUCAAAUGUAUGUAAUCUAAUAGAACUCGAAUCACACCACCAUGCUCCUCAGUGAAAAAAAAGCUUUGUUGUUUUUUAUCCUAUUUUUAUUAUGCACUGGACAAUCACAGCCACACACAGUACUCAUAAGGAUACCCAGAUGUGGGGUCCAAUGUUCUUGAAAUUGUGUCGUAUUAUAUGCUUUUUUACUCCUGAUAUAUAAACAAGUAAAAGUGUUUUUAAAAAAAAUAAAUAAUAAAGAAAAAGAAUAUU